CAGCACCGCCACAAAACCCAAAAAAUUGUUUGUGCCGCCCAUGGUUGGAUAUACGCUGGGCAAGCUGAAAAAUCGAGAGACCCUUCCAGGCCAGUUACCUGACUAUUUGCGGGAGAAGGUGACUCUUAUAUCGAAAGCUGCUCUACAGUUGGAAGAACUCGGCAUCAAACCCAACAGGCGUUGCCGACUUUUUUGGAUCCCCGGACGGAUAGAGGUUGUUGGCAAACACACAGACUAUGCAGGCGGACGAUCCUGCGUUUGCGCAGUCAAUCGGGGCUUUUGCGUCCUGUCGGUGGAUCGGGGUGACGACGAGCUUCGGGUGGUGAGCUUAAAGUCAAAAGCUGAUCAAGAUGAGGAAGUCCUGCAGUGCUCGGUGCGACUAAGCCCGGACACAGAGGUUGCGAGCAACCAUUGGUCUUUGUAUAUUGCUACCGCAGCUCGGCGGCUCUCACAAAACUUUGGGCAUUUGCUUGGUUGCGAUGUGGCAAUUUCAUGUGAUUUGCCUCCAGCAUCGGGAAUGAGCACCUCAUCCGCUCUAAUUUGCGCUAUGUACAUGGUGCUGGAUGUGCGGAAUGGUCUACAAAAACAUCCAAAAUUUGUGGCGACCUUCAAGAAAGAAGAGGAGCUGUAUGAAUAUUUGGGUUGCAUUGAGAACGGCCAGUCGUGCGGCGAGUUGACGGGAGAUCAAGGUGUAGGGACUUUCGGUGGUAGUGAGGACCACACAGCCAUCAUGUCCUCAGAGGAAGGAAAACUGAAAGUUUUCUCAUACAAACCAACAAGACUGGAGAGUAUUGCACCCUUUCCGGACCACUUGACCUUUGUCGUCGCAUCUAGUGGUGUGCUUGCUGAGAAGACGGGGGACAAAAUGAACAACUACAAUGAUGCCGCGAACCUGGCGGCGUUGGCGGCCAAGACCUUUCAAGCCUCCACAGGCAAUCAAUGUCCUGACCUAGCAAGCUGUGUGCGAAGCUGUGGCGAGGCAGCCUGUGAGACCAUUUCAGCGGUGCUGCGGGCAAAAGGAACCGAACAUCUAGAUGUCCGUUUUCGCCAGUUCUACAUCGAGAGCGAGGUUUGCGUGCCUGGCGUAGCAAAGGCGGUCUCCGCUAAUUCAUUUGAUGAAAGGGAACUUGGUCGGCUGGUUGAACUCUCUCAGGAACAAGGUGAUGCUGGCCUCCAGAACCUGGUGCCAGAGACGCGUUGGCUGCCGGCGGAGGCUCGGUGCUUGGGGGCAGUAGCAGCUUCCGCCUUUGGUGCUGGCUUUGGCGGCAGUGUUUUUGUUGAGAUCCUUAGAUGUUUUGUUGUGUGCAAAACCUUGAAAAGGGCAUUGUCCCUACACACAGUGAGGCUAUUGUGAGACGUGAUGAUGCGCCCGAAUUCCUUCGUAAAUGGAGAGAGAGCUAUGUCAAGGAGUUCCCAGGAAACGCUUCAAGCUCCGAGUUCUUCAUCACUGCUUGCAUCCCAUCCAAGACGCAUAGAGAGACGACAUUUCGACACAAGUGAGGCAAAAGUGAAACAGUUGCGUCAUCACAGUUGUUAACAAGCAAUCAACAUUUAUCAAUGAACUUAACCUCAAGGGGUAUUUACAAGAUUUUACAAGGACAUAAAAUAUCAUAAGAUGAUACGUACAUAAUAAGUAAUGAUCACAAAAAUACUGUGCGCUUUGAGAAGUGUCCUUAGAUGUUUUCAGAACAUGGGUGCCAAGGGACCAGGCCCUGGAGCUACCGAGAUCAAGAUGGAGGCAGCAAUACCGUUGAAGCGCCCCGCUGCAGUGAAGCGGCUUGCUGAAAAGCGGCCUGCAAGCGCCGUCAAAGUUGCCAAGCGUCCUGCAAAGCGGUGAAGUGCUGCUAGCGCCAAAAGGAGCCAAAGGCAUGAGAUUAGGUGCAUUAGGAUGGUCAUUGGUGUGCCUUCAGACUCUUCAUCCGGACGGAGAAGAACUGUCACUGUCAAAGCAUUGCUGAUAUUUGAAAAUGGUGUCGCCUUAGAGUCUUAGAGUUUCAAUAUCAUUUUGCUGUUGUGGCAAGAGUUCCAAUGCCGCUGUGGCUUACAGCUUCCCCUGCCCCAGC